GCCAGUUCACGUUCAACGUCCAGCAACGUCGAUGAGGAGAUCACGUGAGGGGAUUGAGCAAACCCCACUUUCGAGCUCUCAGCUGGCAGUCGCGACUCGCGACACCGAGUUGUUGGCCUUGGCAGUUGGAGUAACGCGCCUGACCAGCGCCAUGGCAUCAUGAUCCCAGCAUGCUGUGAUCAAUCAAUCACCGUCUUCACAUCUUUCACCCUAGGCAAGUUCGUCCGUGCCCACAUGGAAUGAUGGAACCCAGCUGGCGUGCCUGUGGAUCCACAAACUCACGUCGGGCCCCGUUCAAGUUCACCGUUGCGAGAACAUCCUCAGGCCAACGCCGAUAUGUACAGAUUCGUCCCUGAUCAUGUCGGUGGGCUUGGCUCGAAACGAAAGAACUUGACCAAAUCUUGCGACAGUUGCAGGAAGCGACAUAGACGAUGCUCACAUGUUGCCUCAACCUUUAUCCCGUAUAACGGCGGCGAGCAACCAGAAUCAACCUCUGCGCCCACCUGUGACCAAGAUAUUGAACCUAUGAGAACACUGCCCAGGGACAAGCAGAAUGACUUCUCCAACCAAGGAACUGGAUUGCACACAAGGGUCUCGCCAACGUCGACUGACCGUGGCGUCACAUCGAACAACGCGUACAUACGUUUUGUGGGAGACUUGAGCCCAGAAGCCUCCUUCUUGUCAACUAGACGGCGCGAGGGAGCGGAUGUCCCCAGCGGGACUUCUCGUCAUGCCGAAGUCGGCGUAUGGCUGGGACAGAAGCCACAGACUGCAAGCACUGAUAAACACGGGAGUAGCAGCAAAGGCCAAAGCCCUGGGUUGACGGCACUCCAAGCCGUCACUUCUCAGCUUCGAGCGGAGUGCUUGUCUCUCAUACCUCCACCUAGUGACAUCGACGCACUAAAAAGCAUAUACUAUGCCAAAGUCGACCCUAUCUUCCCUGUUCUCCAUGAGGAGGCAUCCGAUGCGCAACCACCACACGAGAAAGCUGCCCUGACGCAGUGCCUCUGUCUCGUGGCUGCCUCGGACUACAAGGCUAGACAACACCUCCGGCUACCCCCGAACGAGCAUAUCCUCUCGCCAAUCGAGUUCCGGGGUCACUUGGCUGCCGCAGUGAAGCAGUCUCUUGACAUGGGUUUCCUGCAAGACAAGCUAGUGAUCCUUCAGGUGUGCACUCUCAUGGCGUUCUACGCCGAUCAAUUCAACUGUAGCGAAGUAUCCAUACACUACGCCUCACAGGCUGUGCAGCAUACGCAAACACUUGGGCUUCAUCUGGGCUGGCCUGACGACGACCCGCAAGCCAAGAAAGCCAAACGCUUGUUCUGGUGUGUUUGGGUCGUUGAUCGGCUCAAUGCUGCCACGAACGGCAGACCGAUCAUGAUGCAUCGGCAAGACAUAGAGGCUACCAUUCUCGCGUCUUUUGUCGAACAGGCACCCGCUUUUCGACUCCUCAUCAGGGUCUCGCAAUUCCUUGACACCGUCAUUGCCCAGUAUCGGCCACGAUCCGCAGAUGCAGAAACUCUGCCGCAACCUGACAAUACAACGUUUGAAGCCCUUGUGCAUGAGACAGGGGCGUCCACGGUGUCCAAUGCUCUUCUAGCCACAAUUGAAGUCUAUUAUCUUGCCGUUGUCAUCCUGCAAAAUCGGCCAAGAGAACACGUGGAGCGGCAACAACCGCCGCCUAGCAGUGAGCUUCAGAUGUUCGCCGCCACGAGUAUUGUUGCCAUCAGCUUGGAAGACUUCAAAACUUCGGUAACGCUUCUGCCCAUCGUUCCAUAUGCGGUAUCCUUGGCCGCUUCUGUGGCCUAUAAAACACUGAGGAACAGCGCCAUGGUAUAUCGCCGGAAAAGGGCGUAUGCUUUGUUCCAUGGUAGCUGUGAGAUUCUUGACAACCUGAGCUCGGUAUUUGCUUCGGCAAGAGCAGUGGCGAAGCUUGCUACAGAUACCAUGCAGGAAGUAGAACGAGUCGCAGCCGACAGGAGCAAGGCGAGGCGAAGGCAUCAAAUCCCGGAAUCGAUUACGCGGGACACUUCCAGCGGCACGGGACCUGCUGCAGAAGGCGAAGAAGAGCGUAUACAGGGAGAGGCGCUGCAGGAAGCGUCGAGCGAAGAGACGCAAGGCAUCGGGCAAACUGUUCAGCCUGCCAUGGUCUCGUCUGAAGCUUUAGUUGAUCUUCCUUGGAACGACUCACCGUCCAUGAUCAACGACUGCAUUGGCGACGCGGAGCUAUUCAACAACUUCGAUCCUAGAUUCGACCUGGAUCGCAUUGACCAGCUCUUCUCAGCCAACUUGGACCCGACACAGCCGCUGUGUACUCAGUCAUGGUUUGCCGAUCUUGAUCUGGAGUCAUAGAUCGAAUAUGUGCAGUCGACCUGCGUCUUGUUGGAGAUCCCCUUUACUAAGAUUCGAGGACAACUUCCUAAUGUGGAAAUCCACGUCGCACACGUCGGAAGCCAAUGCUCGUGGAACUAAGUGGACGGCUUCCUAAUUAGGAAACCGCCCUGCGGGGAUGACCUGAAGCAGUAGCACCGCGCAAGGUAUAAGUGGUUCACGUC